UUUCAUUCAUCAUAUUCAAAUAAUUAAACAGAGCAAAACCUCUCUAGUCUCUGCCAAGAUGGCCUUUAAUUACCGUUUUGCCAUUCUUUUCGUGCUCCUCUCCACCACUUUCAGCCUCUCCACCGCCGCGUUGGUCGAGCAGAAGCCUCGCCACAGCCACAGCGGCACUCCGUUGAAAGGAAGCAUCACUCUCAAUCUCGUUUGGUACGGUAAAUUCACACCGAUCCAACGGUCAGUCAUCGUCGAUUUCAUCCGCUCUAUCAGUUCCCCUGCCGUCGCAAAAGGUCCCUCCGUCGCGUCGUGGUGGAAGACAACGGAGAAGUACAAAAAAGGCGUCUCAACUUUCGUAGUCGGCAAACAGCUCCUCCUCGAGAACUACCCUAUCGGAAAAUCCUUAAAGAGCCCUUACCUCCGUGCUCUGUCGAGCAAAAUCAACGCCGGUGGUGCUCGUUCGAUAACCGUCGUCUUGACGGCGAAAGACGUCACCGUGGAAGGGUUCUGUAUGAAUCGAUGCGGGACUCACGGGUCAAAGGCAAGUGGAGCUUACGUGUGGGUCGGGAACUCUGAAUCGAUGUGCCCUGGUUACUGCGCGUGGCCGUUUCAUCAGCCUAUCUACGGUCCUCAGUCUCCGCCGUUAGUCGCGCCUAACGGUGACGUCGGAGUUGACGGGAUGAUCAUAAACCUCGCGACUCUCCUUGUCAACACCGUGACAAACCCGCCUCAGGAAGCUGUCUCGGCUUGUACCGGAGUAUUCGGUUCGGGUGCUUACCCGGGUUACACGGGUCGGGUUCUCGUAGACAAGUCGAGUGGAGCGAGUUACAACGCUUUGGGUCUCGCCGGAAGGAAAUAUCUUUUGCCGGCGAUGUGGGACCCGCAGACAUCGACGUGUAAGACUUUGGUUUGAUAGCAGAUGGUCGUGGAGUAGACACGUGGCAAGAAUCAAUGGUGAUGGCGAGUUAAAGAAAAACAUUAAAAAAAAAAAAAAAAAGACAAAAGUUGUAGAUAUCUAUCGAAAGUCUGGUUCGGAGGAGUUUGGGGAAAGGGUUUAUGUGUUUGGUUUUGUCGUUUGGUUUUAUUAUGCCCUGUAAAUUCCAUCUUUGAAGUAUGUGAAGAUUCAUAAUCUAUUUUAAUGUCCUUAAUAAAAAAAAUUAGUUUCCCCUAA